ACAUCAGGUUUGCGUCACAAAAGGGAGUGUGUGAAGAGUGCAAAGGUGCGCACCGGUGUUAAACCAAUGUUCACCUGUCUGCAAGUGCCGGAGACGUGGCGAAGAGCCGGAAUAUGAUUGUACAUCGGUAGGCAAGAACUGCGCCGACUUAAAUAGUGAACCAUGUCCAUAAAGGCCUGUGCAUUUCGCUUGCUGCGAAAUGGUCGGACUCUUCUGCGACACUUUUGGACCAACCCAGCUUCCAAGGACGUUGUGGACGGGGGUAUCGUGAGCUCCGCGUCCACGGUGCGAAUUGUGCGAGAGCACGCUCGCCGAUUGUUAAUCGACAAUGUCGUUAAGCGGGUAUCGAAUUCGACUGCUGCCGAACUUAGACGACGAGCUGCCAAACGUUUAUUGUAUGGCAAUGCAGCUCCCUUCCUGGCAUUCGUUGGUGUCAAUCUUGCUUCUGGCACCAGUAUCAUCACAGAGGAAGAUGAGCUGGAGGCAGCUUGUUGGGGGAUAAGGGAAACUGUGUCAGCAAUGGAUUGGACAUUUGUUGAUAAGGAAAGUGAUGUUCAUAACAUUGCAAUGAGACUCAAUGGACCAUUUUCUCUUGAAAAUUUUAUUUUUGGCAAGGCGAUAGCUAAAGGUUGUAAUGGCGUUGUUUAUACUGCUAAAAUCAAAUCUGAGCUCUCCACUGACAUGGAUUCAAACACAAUAGAAAAUGAUGACAAAUUUCCACUGGCUGUAAAAAUGAUGUUCAACUAUGAUGCUGAAUCAAAUGCCAUGUCAAUUCUACGAGCCAUGCACAGAGAGACUGUUCCUGCAUUAAGUUAUUCAUCCAAUGAAGAAAUCUUAGUUUGGGAGGAUAGGUAAUUGAUUAUAAUACUUAUGGUUUGUUA